GGAACGCUUGUCGGUCGCUUUACGGCAUUUUUUUGUAGCUGGCCCCCAAUCAGUUACGAUAAAAUACCACAAGUCGCUGCCGAAAUAUUUAGGUAUUAAACCGAUAAAAAUGGCUCUAGAAUCACGGAUCACUCAGGAGGAGAUAAAGAAGGAGCCUGAAAAACCCAUCGACCGGGAAAAGACCUGCCCUCUUCUUCUGCGAGUUUUUACCACCAACAGCGGCCGACAUCACCGAGUGGAUGAGUUUUCUCGAGGCAGCGUUCCUUCCAGUGAACUGCAGAUUUACACCUGGAUGGAUGCUACUCUGAAGGAACUCACUGGUUUAGUUAAAGAAGUGUACCCAGAGGCCAGGAAGAAGGGGACCCACUUCAGUUUCGCCAUCGUCUUCCCUGACCCCAGAAGUAAAAUGUACAAGUUGAAAGACAUCGGCAGCACUGUGUCAGGCCGGAAGGGUCCGGAUGACUCCAUGACGCUGCAGUCUCAGCGCUURUAUAUCGGAGACUAUUUGGAUAUCGCCAUCACGCCGCCGAACCGAGCCCCGCCCCUCGGCCCACGCAUGAGGCCUUUCUGAACAUGUGCACGCCACAUCGUCCGACAGGAGGACGCGUGUCUGUUUUCGUUUUUUGUUAUCUUGAAUGGUUUUGACUCAUUUUAUAAAUCUUAGUGUUUAAUAAAGCGGUUCCCCCCCAUCGA